GGUACCGGAAACUCAAUGCGUUUACGCGGUUCCGGUGUUCAGUCGGUGGUAGAAGAGAGUUCGGCGAAAGGAGAAAGCGGUACGGUUCGGUUUUGAACAGACAGCGUUAAAGAGAAACGGGCACGCUGAGGUGACAACAACAGAAAUGUCAUUUAUAUUUGAUUGGAUCUAUAAAGGUUUUAGCAGCGUGCUACAGUUUCUAGGUUUGUACAAGAAAUCUGGGAAGCUAGUUUUCCUCGGCUUAGAUAAUGCUGGCAAAACAACAUUAUUACAUAUGCUUAAAGAUGAUAGGCUUGGGCAGCAUGUUCCAACAUUACAUCCAACCUCGGAAGAGUUAACAAUUGCUGGAAUGACGUUCACAACAUUUGAUCUUGGUGGACAUGCACAAGCGAGAAGAGUCUGGAAGAAUUACCUCCCAGCUAUAAAUGGAAUUGUCUUUCUAGUGGACUGUGCAGAUCACCCUCGCCUUCAAGAAUCAAAAGUAGAGCUUGACGCACUAUUGACAGAUGAGACAAUCUCCAAUGUGCCAGUCCUUAUUUUGGGCAACAAGAUAGACCGUCCAGAAGCCAUCAGUGAAGAGAGACUGCGAGAAAUCUUUGGUCUUUAUGGACAGACAACGGGAAAGGGCAGUGUGCCAUUGAAGGAGCUGAAUGCAAGGCCAAUGGAGGUAUUCAUGUGCAGUGUGCUGAAGAAACAGGGGUAUGGAGAAGGUUUCCGCUGGCUUUCACAGUACAUUGACUGAUCUCUUCGGGAUUGAGCUGUGCGGACUGAGGUGACUCCUAACUUCGUGACAGUUUUUGUACCUGGACGUGGAAAAGACAAAGGACUUACACCUUAUACUGGAGAGUUGUCAGCAACCAAUGUAUUUCCUCACCUUAAUUACAGUAUGUAAAUGUCCAAAUGGCCAAAUAUUUAGCCCUGUACUGCACAAUUUGCUCUGAUUUAGAAGGUGUGUUACCCUUAAGUACAGGGUGAUGCUUAGAAAUGACACAGAAGUUUUCUAAAUUGGGAAUGGAUUAAAUAAAACCCCCUGCCUGUUUUAUAUGGCUCUUUCAUUUUAAAAGGUAUAGUCAUUGCAAACAAAAGGUCUUCUAAUGUUAUGUAAUCCAUUUACUUUUGUGCAAUUAAUUGUGAAUUUAUGUAAAUAUCUCCUUAAAUAAACCCAGUUUUCUAGAGUUUAAUUUCCAAUUAUAAAGACUGGGUACAUGAAGGGAAAGUGUGUCGGUAAGGAGAGAAGCAAUAUUCAGAUGCACUGCUAUGAUGAUACUAUGAUUUGAUUUAAACAAAACUACUAGAAAUGUGGCUACUAUUGGCUUUCGGAAAGAUUACAUAUGGUUUUAAGAUUUCUAUGUAAAACUGAUUAUCAGUUUUAAUUAACUCCGUUCUUCUCCUGAAAAUUAAACCCUCACUAAUGGUAACUAAGUGGAAUAAGUGAGUAGACAACAAAAGGUCUAAUUUAGUUUGAAUAAAAAAUAAGUUAAACUUUUAUAGUACAUUUAAAGAAUAUUUUGGCAAAUGUCUCAUAUAUCUUUACAGUGGUCCCCAGUGUCACAGAUAUGCCCAUAUUGUGACUGAAAUAAGUAAUAUUAAUCUCUUAAAAAAACAAGAUCAUAACUAAUUAUUAUUAUUAUAACUGUUUCUGGGGGGAAAGGAAUAAUUGCACAGAAUUGGACAGAAUUUGCCAAUGCUACUAUAUCCAGUAUAGACUCAUCAGAAAUGUGCAGCUCUUUUUAAAUUUACAAAUGGAUGUGUUUUCAGUGCAUUGUGAUGCACUUCAGUUUUUGCUUAAGUAGAAUCGAGAUGGAAUAUUUUUUGUGCAGUCCAGUAAAAUACUCAUGAAAAAGUAUUUCACAUAGAGCAAUAAAAUGUGGAGAACAGCAAUAGCAAAUCUGGUGGAAAAAUGUCAAGGGUGAUCCAUUCUUUAAAAGUAUGUGAUGAUGGAAACUUUGAACACCCCAUCCUUACUACAAAAGGUAUAAUUAUGACCUAGCAUGCAAGUAUAAUGCUUUACAACAAUACUAGGCAACAGAAGCGCUGGAUCGGUUCCACUGUUUCUAGUUAAGGCAGAACGGAUUUGUUCAAAUGCUCUAAAUUUACACUUCACGUUACCUCUUACGGUUUGAAGUGUUUGGUUUUUUUGGGGGAAAUGGGGUAUUGACUAACUAGAGCGGUAUGGCCAUCACUGGUUUGCUUUCUGUUUUAUUUACACUACGUUUACAAGCUUUCAUGUUUUAUUUAACUUUGCAUUUAAGAUUGGAAUGCCUUUAUUUAAAGCUUUUGCUGCAUACACAAGGUAACACUGAGACAAUUUUACUUUGUAUUGUAAAGAGCGGGGGGGGGCAAGGGGAUUCCUUUAUGUACUGUACAUGUUAAUGCAGAUAAUGACGUUUGUCCGUGUUGUCUACUGUUAGAAUUCUUUCACUUAUUACACAGCAGGGGUGGAGUAAGUAUUUUUUGAAUAUCAACUGCUGUACGUACAAGUUACUGUAAGUCGCAGGUUGAAUAUGAGAGUACUUAUUUUGUACCGAAACAUAACUUGAGGAAUUCAACAGCCUUUGUAUGUGUACUAAGAAUAUACAUCACGCACCACUUUUAUUUGCAGCAUAUUUGUAAAUAAUGUAAAAUAGCUUGGGCUUUUAUGCAUCUUAUUACAAUUCAUGAACUACUGGAAAUGUCACUGAAGGAAAUGAAAAUGAAAAGGAGUACAGUUUUAUUGAUUGUAUACAUUUGGAUUGAUAAUCACCAAAAACAUUUUAAUCAGUCAUAUUAGCCAUCUGUCACAUUGUCCGUUUUGACCUUUUUAUUGAUGAGAUUUUAUGGCUCUAAAGUAGCAAUUUUAAAAUACUGUCACAUAAUGAGCAUGUUCUUUUAUGCAAUUUGUACAUAAUACCCAUGCUCUAAAGUCCUUCAAUAGCACAUGCUUACAGAUCAAACUUUUACCUCCCAAAUUGUCCGUAAUACUUUCUAGCAACAUUCUUAUUGUUUUCCAUUUGGGUCAUUUCAAUAUAUAAAAAUAAAUGUUGUACAAAGUUGUUUUGGCCUUUA